CAGCGGCGAAAUAUCCCCAACGGCCGCCGUCUCCUCCCCAGUUCUGAACCCGCUCUCCCCCUCUCGCCCACCAUUUCCUUUCCACCCCCGGAGUUCGGCGGUAAAUCUCGAUUCCGCGGUUGGUGGCGCCCGGCCGGUCCGUCCAACCGCGCCGGCCGUCCCUUUCCCCGCCCGGCGGCUUGACCCGUUCCACAAAGAUUUCGAUUUUCCUCUUUCCUCCGUGCGUCUCCGGUUGACCGGCCUUGCCGAUGUGCGGUGGGGAGCGCAGGGCCUUGACCGUCGUAGGGGCAAGCCAGGCCGGAUAGGGCGGCGGCGGCGGCGACGGAGCCGGGUAAUUCCCCACCAAAGGUCAGAGCUUUUCUCGACUCCACCGAGCUCCUCCUUGCGCGGCGGGUGCUCGGCGGAUUGCGCCGGAGGAGGGGAGGGGAGGGGGAGAUGGCGGGGGCGACGGAGACGGCGACCUGGGAGGAUAUGCUGCGGCGGAUGCUGCCGCCGGGGGCCGCCAUCCCGGAGGGCGCGGCGGGGAACCUCGACUACUCCAUCGCGCUCGAGUACGACGGCCCGCCCGUCGCCUACGAGGUCCCCAGGAUCGCGCCCGUCGACAUGGCCGACGUGCCCACGGCCGAGCCCGUCUCCGCCUCCUACGGGCUCCUCGGGAACGGGGGCGCCGCCGUGCCCGUCGCGCCCGUCUUCAGGCCGCCGGCGAGCCGGGCGCGCGCCCGGGCGGAGCCGCCGCAGGCCAGGGGAGGCGCGGGGCCGGCCGACUCGGCGCCGCGGGACGAGGCCUCCAGGCCGGCAGCCCGAGCGCGCCAGGAGCCGCCGUCGCCCGUGCAGGUCAGGAGGAGCUCAGAGUUUGCCCAUUCAGGCCCCCGGAAUGAGGGGUACUCCGACUCUGACGACGACUCCCGGCGCUCCGUGUCGCGUGAGUCUGCGCCGAGCUACCGGGGCCAGAGCGACGGCAGCAGGCGUGCCAUGGCUGCGCCGGAGGGGAGGAGGUCUCACGUGGUGACCUUCGGGCUGGCUGAUGAUAGCAAGUAUGACCAGAGCAGCGAGCUCGACGACACCAGGUCGGAGCAGUUCGUGGCGGUGACCAGGACGGAGAAGAGGGGGAAGACCUGCGACCGGUGCGGCAAGAGGAAGUGGGAGAGCAAGGAGUCGUGCAUCGUCUGCGACAAGAGGUACUGCGGCUACUGCCUGCUCAGGGCCAUGGGGUCGAUGCCGGAAGGCCGCAAGUGUAUCACUUGCAUUGGCCGGCCGAUCUACGAGGGAAAGCGGUCGAAGCUGGGGAAGAGCUCGAGGAUACUAUCACGUCUGCUCAGCUCGCUGGAGGUAAGGCAGAUCUUGAAAGCCGAGAAGGAGUGCCAGGCAAACCAGCUCCGGCCCGAGCAGCUCAUCGUCAAUGGCUUCCCUCUUUGUCAAGAAGAGAUGUCAGACUUGCUUAGCUGCCCACGGCCUCCUCAAAAUCUGAAGCCCGGAAGGUAUUGGUAUGACAAGGAGUCUGGCUUAUGGGGAAAGGAAGGGGAGAAGCCAAACCGGGUUGUCAGCACUAACCUCAACUUCAAUGGAAAGAUUCAGCCCAAUGCUAGUAAUGGCAACACUCAGGUUUAUAUGAAUGGAAGGGAAAUCACCAGCAUCGAACGGAAAAUUCUGAAGUUUGCACAAGUUCAGUGUCCCCGCGAUACUCACUUUUGGGUCUAUCAUGAUGGUGGAUAUGAGGAAGAAGGCCAAAAUAACAUCAAAGGGAAGAUAUGGGAGUCACCUUUGACACGUUUUGUGUGCACCUUGGUUUCACUACCGGUGCCUCCUGCAAACUCUGUAGAGCCCAGAGAUGAUGCUCCUUAUUCAGCAAGAACAGUGCCCGAAUACUUAGACCAGAAAAGAAUACAAAAACUUCUUAUUCUUGGAUCACCUGGAGCUGGAACAAGCACCAUUUUUAAGCAGGCUAAGUUACUAUAUGGAAGUAGAUUUACCCCAGAAGAACUUGACAAUAUCAAACUAAUGAUCCAAAGCAACAUGUUCAAGUACCUUGGGAUUCUGCUAGAGGGCCGUGAGCGCUUCGAGGAAGAGGCUUUGGCUAUAUCAAACAACCCAAACUCAGAGGAUGAGGAUACCCAACAAGAUGGAAACGAAUCGAAUGGUUUAAAUUCCUGCAUAUACUCAAUAAAUGCCAAGCUGAAGAAGUUCUCAGAUUGGCUUUUGGACAUCAUAGCAAUGGGAGACCUAGAUGCAUUCUUCCCUGCAGCUACACGUGAAUAUGCUCCAGUUGUUGAUGAGUUGUGGAAGCAUCCUGCCAUACAAGCAACAUAUAAAAGAAAGGAUGAAUUGUAUUUUCUCCCUGACGUUGCUGAAUAUUUCUUGAGCAGGGCUAUUGAAGUAUCAAGCAAUGAGUAUGAACCUUCAGAGAAAGAUGUCUUGUAUGCUGAAGGAGUAUCACAAGGAAAUGGAUUGGCCUUUAUUGACUUCACUCUGGACGAACGGAACCCUAUGUCAGAACUCUAUGGUGACAGUCAUGACCCAAGCUCUCAGGCACAAAACAAAUAUCAGCUGAUUAGAGUCAACGCCAAGGGCUUGAAUGAGGGCUGCAAAUGGGUUGAAAUGUUUGAGGAUGUCCGCGCUGUUAUAUUCUCUAUAGCACUCAGUGACUAUGACCAGCUGGGAGCCCCUGCCAGUGGCAGCAGUAGGCGCCUCGAGAAUAAGAUGAUUCAGAGCAGGGACUUGUUUGAGGCCACAAUCAGGCACCCGUCUUUCCGCGACACACCAUUCGUCCUGGUGCUCAACAAGUUCGACAUCUUCGAGGAGAAGAUCGGGCGGUCCCCGCUGACCGCCUGCGAGUGGUUCAGCGACUUCGACCCGCUCCGCACCCACAACAACCAGUCGAUGGCGCAGCAGGCCUUCUUCUACGUGGCGAUGAAGUUCAAGAACCUGUACGCGGCGCACACGGGCGACCGGAAGCUCUUUGUGUGGCAGGCGCGCGCCCGCGACGGCCCCACCGUCGACGAGGCCUUCCGGUACAUCAGGGAGGUGCUGCGGUGGGAGGACGAGAAGGAGUACGGGGGAUUCUGCCCGGACGAGUCCUUCUACAGCACCACCGAGCUCAGCUCCUCCCGCCUCGUCGAACAGGAUUGGCAGCAACAUCCCGCCGCCGACCAGCGACCAGGGAGCGGCGCAUAGGCUGUUGCUGCUAGUUGUACAGUGCUGCCGCCGUUGCUGUGUUAGCUAAGCCAGCGUUUAUACAUACAGCUUGUUUCAGAGUGGACCGUUGUUGUGUAGUGGUAAAAAUUUGGUGAUAGAUAUAGCUCAAGGGAAAACACAUGGCUGCCUUGUGAUACCAUUUGGUUCUGAGCUGAUGGUGAUGGAUCUGUUUGGGGUUCAUGCAGCUGGAGAAAUCAAAAUGCUCUGCACCAGCUUAGAUUGAUGUCAA